UUUAUUUUAUUUCCUAGAAAAUUUUUAUUUUAUCCGCAUUGUGCACGCAUAUUUGUGAUAAGUGGUAUUCUUAAAGCCCAUACUAAUAUUUAUCAUGUUCGAAGAUACGCUGCUCAUCAUAAAGGCGGAUUACAUGCACAAGCGCAAGCCCGUCUUGUUGCAUUUAUUGCAGCACGAAUUUAUGAUCAAAGGUCAACGGAAGAUACUCUUUUCGCCAGAGAAUGCCGCAGAAUUUUACAAACCACUGGCGGACGAUAAAGACUUCAUGUUGCAAGUUAUUUUGCUUUCGAAGGGCAACAGUGAGGCUUUCAUAUUGACCAAAGAAUGCGCCGUAGACGAUUUGAUCUGCACGAUGAUAUGUUACUUCACUACUUCUGUGGAAAUGGAACGCAAUGUACACGUCUCGAAAAGUGCCGAGUGUGCGGCAUUUGAAAUAAGUUUCAUAUUUCCAAAUUAUAUUCCCGAGCCGAUACCGAUUUUCAAGCGACACAAGUUCAGCACAGAUCCUUUGAUAGCACCAUUUAUUAGUCAGCUUUAUGAAAUCGUACAGAAACCGAAUGAAGAGUCUAAGAGUUGGAAAGUACAGUUGGCCGAGUGGUUGACCUUACAAAACUCCGAACUGCCAAUUAUAAGCAAUGUAUGUUCAGCUAAGCGUAAUCUUUUCCUCGAAGACAAAGGUCAACAGGUAAAUUUUUUGGCACCGCCAGGAUCAAAACCAUGUGUCUUUCAUACUGAUGGUGCUGGUGGUGAACCGGCUUCAACGGAUGUUUCUGCGCCCUCUUCAUGUUCAUCUUCCGGUGGUUCGGCAAUAAUGAGCAGUUCAUCGUGUAUGACUUGUCGGCCAUUCGAGCGCACUGGCGCCGAGGAUAGCUCGGAAGAUGCAUGUAAGAAAGCGGAAAAGAUUUUCGCACCAAAAGUAGCACUGCUUCGAAAUAGAGUGAUUGAAGAAGAAGAGGAAUGUGAAGAUGAGAUGUGCUUGCAAGUGUGUGAGGACCAAAUAAAGCAGUGGAAGGCAGAGAUCAUUGCCGAUCAGGAGGAAUUGAGGAAGGUUCUACCAUAUGGCGGUAGAGAUACUAUGGAGGUUAUUAACGAAAUGGAAAUUGAAGAGGAACAAUUCCCCAUAGGCGAAUGA